AUCGCGGCAAAGGAGCUCAUCGAGGGCGACGAAGCCUGCGGAGCUCCUGCGUUGCGAGGCGACCACAGGUGAGAGCUGCCCUCACGAGUGGGCAUCGCCGCAUGCGAGGCAUCGAGGCCCGGGCUUGCGAACGCCUCGUGUCCGCUCUGCGAGCCCGAGGCAUGCUGACCGGCCUGGCUGCCGGCGAAGCGCAAGACCUUGUCACGCCUGUGCAACGCCUUUUGCACGCGGUCGCGAACGGUGAACUCGUCUGGCUCCUCCGUGGCCGUGGCUGCGUCUUCGCCCGUCUUGAGACCAAGAAAGGGCCCGAUGACCAUCGCCAGGUCGCUGCGCCGCCACUCGUCUCGCGCCUCGUCGCGCGUGCGGCCGGGAUAGAUCGAGAGCAUAGCAGCUGGCGAGCCGUUCGACAGAGCGUCGCCGCCCGGAGAGGCCGAGGCCUUCGCGGCGACGACUGCCUGCCGCUCCUCGAGCGGAAGGCGCCGAAGCACCUCGGCAGUGAUGCCCGGCGUGGAAGUCAAAACGUAGCCAAGGACACUCUCGAGCAUCUCGAUCUGCUCCUCCAGCCGUUGCCGCACGCCCUGCGACGGGCCGCGCUUCUUCUCCGGGCGCUCGUAGGUGCACUGACGGUCGGCGCGCUGGCAGAUCAGGCAGACUGGGUGCGUGCCGUCACACUUGUCCUUCUUGCUGUGGAGGCACAGGGCGGCGAGUGUCAGUCAAGCGGUCUCUCACGGCAGCGCAUGGCCAACGUUGCCGCUUCGCCGCAGAGCCCUGAACUUGGAAGCCGGCGUCGCGCCGCCGGAACAUCCGCCCAGCUUCGCGGCUCGCCCGCAGCAAGUCCUGUCCCUGCCAGACUGCGGUGUGCCACUCACAAGAAGCACUGGUCGCACGCCCUGCUGACGCGCUUGCGCUUCUUCUGUCCAUCCGCAUCUGCCGCGGCUGACGGGCCGGCCAUGGCGGGUGUGCCCCAGGCUGCGGCGUGCGACGAGUGGCUGCGUGCGCGGAGCAGCUGAGCGGCGUCGCAGCGGGAGCGAGCGCGUCGUGGACAGCUCAGCAGCUGGUGUGGUGUGCAGUAGAGGUGCGCCUGCGCAGCUGAGGGGCAAGGGUCUACACCUCUGGUGCGCCACAAGGAGACGAGGCGCGCCUGCGCAGAGUGCGGGGUAGGGGCGAGAGCGCCGGGGCCGCGAGAGGACAGCAGCGGCGCGGCUCUGCCGCUUCGCCGUCGCGCGACGAGCUGGAAGAGGAGGCCGGACUGCGGCGUUGGCAGCGGCGGCUGGCGACUGCGGCGGCGACGGAGACGAGGUGGUGGGAGUGGAGCACGACGCACGAGCGACGACGAGACGGGCCAAGAAGC